GCAGGUUUGGCGUGCACCCUUCGACUCCCUUGAGGCUCAUUGGCCCGACCUGAUCGGCCAUCAUGGCAGGCAACUCGGACAAGUAUGCAUUCCUCAAGAUGCAGGCACCACCGGCCUACGUCGCCGGUCUCGGACGAGGUGCCGCUGGCUUCACCACCCGCUCUGAUAUCGGACCGGCACGCGAGGGUCCAUCAGCAGAAGCGAUUGCGGCAGCUCAGGAAGCAAGGGGAGAGGCGCCGGACGAUGACGACAGUGAACAGUACCAAGAUCCAGAGCAAGAGACAGGUCUGUUUGCAGGCAUGGUCUACGAGAAAGACGAUGAGGAGGCGGACAAGAUCUACGAGCUCGUCGAUGCUCGCAUGGACGAACGGCGGCGAGCCAAGCGAGAAGCAAGAGAACGGGAGGAGGAGGAGAAAUAUCUCAGGGAGAAUCCAAGGAUACAAGAGAAAUUCGCAGACCUCAAGAGGGGUCUCGCUUCCGUCUCUGCAGAAGAAUGGGAGAACUUGCCCGAGGUGGGCAACCUGACGGGCAAGAAGAGGAAGAAGACCUUUGACAGGAUGUACGCCGUACCAGAUUCAGUCUUGCUCACGUCACGCGACAAGAACGCUGUGGACUCCUCAAUCGGUACAGAGUCUGAGCCGGGCACCGGUGCCGCCAACUUUGUCGAGAUCGGUCAGGCCAACAAGUCUAUGCUGUCCAUGAAGCUCGAUCAGGUCAAAGACUCCGUAUCUGGCUCGACCACCAUCGAUCCCAAAGGCUAUCUCACCAGCCUAGACAGUAUCAUCCAUAAGACACAAGCUGAGAUUGGCGAUACCAAGAAGGGGAGGACGCUCCUGCAAUCACUCAUCAAGACCAACCCAUCGCAUGCGCCCGGCUGGAUCGCCGCCUCUGAACUCGAAAAGGUAGCCGGCAAAAUUGUUGCUGCCCGAAAGGUCAUCGCAGAGGGCUGUGAGAAAUGUCCAAAGAGUGAGGAUGUAUGGCUUCAAGCAGCAAGACUCAACACGAACGACAAUGCCAAAGUCAUACUCGCCAAUGCCGUCCAACACAUUCCACAGUCUGUCAAGAUCUGGCUAGCCGCUGUCGAUCUGGAGAAAGACGACAAGUCGAAGAAACGCGUGCUGCGCAAAGCUCUAGAACACAUUCCCAAUUCUGUUCGAUUAUGGAAAGAGACUGUCAAUCUUGAGACAGAAGUAGCGGAUGCCCGGGUUCUGCUUUCUCACGCGGUCGAAGUCAUCCCGCUCUCAACAGAGCUGUGGCUUACACUUGCCCGCGUCGAAACACCAGACAAUGCUCGCAAAGUACUCAACAAGGCUCGUCGAGCGAUUCCUACGAGUCACGAGAUUUGGAUUGCCGCUGCUCGUCUACAAGAGGAAUUUCCGACGGGCGAUGAGAGCAUACCCAACGAACAACGUGUCGAUGCAGUCAUGCAGAUGGGCUGUCAGCGACUGCGGCAAGCCGGCGUCGAGCUCUCUCGGGAAGAGUGGAUCAAGGAGGCACUGCGGUGCGAAGAAGAUGGCAGUCUUCUCACAGCCCGCGCGAUCGUCAAUGCGACGAUCCAUCAGGACAUUGACGAAGAUCAGAGAUUGGAGACAUGGGUGGAAGAUGCCCAGAGUGCGCUGGCGACAUCUCACAUUGCUACAGCGAGAGCUAUGCUGGCUUAUGCUCUUCGCGUCUUCCCACAGAAGCAGGCUCUCUGGCGGCGAGCUGCAGAUCUCGAGAAAAAGCACGGCUCGAGGGAGACGCUUCUGGCCUUGCUCGACCGGGCAGUGCAAGCUUGCCCACAGGCAGAGGUACUGUGGCUCAUGUCGGCGAAGGAAAAGUGGAUGGGAGGGGACGUUCCGGGCGCGCGCAAUGUCCUCGAAGAGGCCUUCAAGGCCAACAAAGAAUCCGAGCAAAUUUGGCUUGCUGCUGUCAAGCUCGAAGCCGAGAACGACUCUUUACCUGCCGCUCGGCAACUCAUGGCUCGGGCCAGGACAGUAGCGAACACUGAUCGAAUCUGGAUCAAGGCUGCCGCAUUUGAGCGAUUGCACAGCAGUCCUAGCGACGCACUCAACACGGUCAACGAAGCACUGACAAAGUUUCCGUCGACGGACAAGCUUCACAUGAUAAAAGGCCAGAUCCUCAGUUCUCAAGGCGAGGUCGGCGGGGCGCGCGAAGCGUAUCAGCUUGGAACGAAGAAAUGCCCGAAAUCGAUUGCGCUCUGGCUGCUCGCUUCGAGACUAGAAGAAGGAGCUGGUCUUGCUAUCAAGUCUCGUGCUUUGCUAGAGCGAGCCAGGCACAACAACCCCAACAAUGCGGAGCUCUGGCUCGAGUCCUGUCGACUGGAGCAAAGAUGUGGAGCAGAGUCGCAAGCAAAGACGAUCAUGGCCAAGGCAUUGAAAGAAUGUCCUUCAUCUGGCUUGCUCUGGUCGGAGUCAGUCUGGUUGGAGGCGCGGCCUCAACGCAAGACAAAGUCUGUCGACGCGUUGAAGAAGUCGAACAACGACCCUCUCGUGCUCUGCACGGUCGCUCGGCUCUUCUGGACAGAGCGCAAGCUCGACAAAGCGCGCGCUUGGUUCGAACGCGCCGUCAAUGCCAACCCUGACCUCGGUGACGUCUGGGCUUGGUUCCUUCGGUUUGAGCAGCAACAUGGCAGCAAAGAGCAGCAAGAGUCGGUCGUCAGUCGAUGCAUUGCGGCAGAACCACAUCAUGCAGAAGCAUGGCAACGGGUCAGCAAGGAUCCGGCGAACGCUCGCUUGAGAACGGGCGAGGUAUUGCGCCUUGUAGCGGCAGAACUCGCGCAAUAAUGUUGUCACACUGUUGAUGUCAUUCGUCCAUCGCGUCGCGUUCGGU